UUGGUGAUGCCGCGUCGAGCUAGUAACAAGGAUGAGGGUGAGCCGGUUUCUAGACGUUCAAGUGCCCGAAUUGCUGCAAAUAUAGCAAACAAAGAGACAACCACACCCAGUCCAAAGUCCACUAAAGCAGCUGAGGAAAUCACUAAAGUCAGUGUGCAAGAGCAUGAAAAUUAUGAUUCUUUACCUGGGGAUAUAAACGGAACAACCGAAACGCCUGUCAAGCGGUUUAAGGACAUUAUAAACGAUGAAGAGGAAAAGUCCAAAUCAGAUGAUGAGGCUGACGACAAGCAAGGUGAUCAUCAAGCAGAGGAUUUCGAAGUUAUCAAAAAAAGUGAUGUUCCGGACCCGGAUAGCGAUGAAGUUAAGUCUGCUAUCUCUGCUCAGGGGGAGGAUGGUUCUCUUCUCGUAGGCUUUGUGCAAGUCGAUAAAUCUGAGGUUCUUAGUCAUGAUAAUGAAGAAGUGCAGAAAGUUGUCGAAGUCCUAGAUAAAGUUCGAGAAGCCCCUGAUCAUGAAAAUACUCGCGGGGAUUCUCCUAGCCACUGUCCAGUCAAUGGAUACGCAAAAACGGAGUCUAUUCAACCCAUCUCAAAUGGCGUACAAAUCGAAUCCAGCUCAGAGGAUAAGCCUCCCGAAGCUAUUAAGCAUGCCGCCGAAUCUGUCGAAUCUUCAAGUGAUUUGUGUAGUGCUCCUUUGACCACUAACGAAAGCCAAUGA